AUGCCUUCCAUCAGCAAAUUCAUGCCAUUGCUGCUCGCCAGCACUGCCUUGGCAAUGCCCAGGUCUGCUCGUCGUGGACUCAGCACCAACGAGCGUCCAGGCGUUUACACCAACAGCACCCGUCCUAGUAUCGCAGCCACAAUCGACUACACUGAUAGCAACUGGGCCGGUGCCGUUACUGAGGAGACCCAAGUCACUCAUGUCAGCGGUGCCUUUGAAAUUCCCCGUGUCUACAUGCCAGCUGGCGGUGACCCUUCCACUUCUUACUGCGGUACCGCCUGGGUCGGCAUUGACGGCUGGGGCAACGACUGCAAUGGUGGUCUCAUUCAAGCUGGAGUCAACUGGUGUAUCCAAAACGGCGCUGUGACUUAUACACCAUGGUCCGAAUGGUGGCCCGCCGAGUACCAAAUCAACUUCGACAAUUUUGAGGUCUCUCAAGGUGACCUGGUCAGUGUGAGUGUCACUGCAACCAGCACCAACAGCGGUUAUGCAGUACUCACAAACACGGCUACUGGUGCCAGUGUCACCAGAACAUGGUCCAACGAGUCACCGGGUCUGUGCCUCCGCACUGCUGAAUGGAUUGUUGAAGACUUCUCCCUUGUCUCCUCUAGUGGCAGUUCCCUCGCUCCUUUUGCCAACUUUGGUCAGGUCUACUGGACCGAUACUAACUGUGAGGUUAAUGGACAAUCUUGGGGGGCCGCCAACUCCAACAUCGCCGACAUGGUUCAGGGUAACAAUGUCCUUGCUACUGCCUACCUUAAGGGUAACGAUGUUAUCAUCAACUACGGCACUGGAUACUAA